GGUGCGGGGGGCGGAGGUGGGGGGGGCGGGAAGCGGGGCGGGGGGGUGGGGGGGGCACCGGGAGCUCUCGCGAGAUCGGCGCGAUCGGGCCUCCGCUUCCGGCGGCGGGAGCGGUGCAGAGUCAGCUGCGGGCGGGGGGCGCCACCGGCACCGGCACCAGGAUCCGGCCUCGCCUGCGGACGGAGCCAACGCCGCCGUCACCAUGGGCAACAUCUUCGGGAACCUGCUGAAGAGCCUGAUCGGGAAGAAGGAGAUGCGGAUCCUGAUGGUGGGGCUGGAUGCUGCCGGCAAGACCACCAUCCUCUACAAGCUGAAGCUGGGGGAGAUCGUCACCACCAUCCCCACCAUAGGGUUCAACGUGGAGACGGUGGAGUACAAGAACAUCAGCUUCACCGUGUGGGACGUGGGUGGGCAGGACAAGAUCCGGCCCCUCUGGCGGCAUUACUUCCAAAACACCCAGGGGCUGAUCUUUGUGGUGGACAGCAACGACCGGGAGCGGGUGAACGAGGCGCGGGAGGAGCUCAUGCGAAUGCUGGCAGAGGACGAGCUGCGAGACGCCGUCCUCCUCGUUUUCGCCAACAAGCAGGACCUGCCCAAUGCCAUGAACGCGGCAGAGAUCACGGACAAGCUGGGGCUGCACUCCCUGCGCCACCGUAACUGGUACAUCCAGGCCACCUGUGCCACCAGCGGGGACGGGCUCUACGAGGGCCUCGACUGGCUCGCCAACCAGCUCAAGAACAAGAAGUGAGCGGGCGGCCGCCGGCCCCGGCCCGCCCCCCCACCCCCACCCUGCACCCCCGGUUCCCCCCCGGGGCUGUGCCAGGCCCCCCCCGGCCGCCCCCUCCCCGCCCCGGUUGGGUUUUGCUUUCUUCUGGCACCGGUUGCUGUGGGGUUUUUUGCCUUUUUUUGGGGUCUCCUCGGUUCCCCUCGGAUCUCGUGUGUGCGUGCGUGGAAAUAUAGCUAUAUAUAACUUAUCUGGGGGGGCGGGGGGCAGAGCCCUGGGGAGCGGGAUGGGGGCUGGGGGCCACCUCGGUGCUGCCCUGCCCGGGGGAGGGGGGGGCCAUGCCGGGGCACCCCGUCCCCGUGCAUGUCCCCACACCCCUCGCCUUCCUCUGGACCAAAUGUGGGGGCCGCGGGGCCGCAGGGGGCAUUUGGGACCAUACACACCUUCCCCCGCUUUCCCCCAGCGCCCUCCCCCCGCCCUCCCCGGGGGGUCCCACACGUCCCUGGCCCCCCCAUGUCACUUCGAGGCAGGUCUCCUCCCCGCAGCGCGACCCCCAGGGGGGAGGCACGGGGCUGCUGGGACCCCCGUGGUUCCCCCCAGCCGUGUCUCCACACCCCCCGCCCCCCCCCCCAAGCCCUGGCCGCCUGCACCCCAGCCCCAUGCCAGCAUAGUGAUUGUAUGUCCCUGCCCCUCACGGACGGACAGACGGCCCCGUACUGUACCCCCCCCACCCUCCUCCCCGGCACCGUAUUUAUACCCCCGGUCUGUGCUUGGUGUGACGUGUCGCUGCGGCUCUGCCCCGUCCGGGGACGUGUGUACUUGGCCCCCCCCUCUCCCCCACUCCCCGCGCCU